UUCUUAUAUAUGUAUUCAAAGAUUCUCAGAGAAAGAGAGAGAGAGAUCAUUUCCACCAUUGUAGCGGAUUUGCAUCCAGUGACACACACAACAGCCUUAAAUGUAGGAGCAUUAUAUUCGAGGAGAGCAAAAAGGAUGGCGUCUUCAGCGAGAAGCAGGAUCAGCAAAAUAUUCACUGCCUCCAAACAGCGUCGUUUCGCACCGCCUUGCGCGCUCGGAUCCCCUUCCUUUUCGACCUCCGCAGCCGUCGCUGCCCCUGAGCCGGCGGAGGAUGUCGACGGAUCGACAAUUAUGGGGAUGGUUAAAGACUACGAGGAUUAUAGGAGGAAUCUGUACGGUGGAUUGACGCAUAAUGCUCUACUCGUUGAUGCAGUCGGCACACUCGUCGUUCCGGCUCAACCUAUGGCUCAGAUAUAUCGGCAGAUUGGUGAAAAGUAUGGAGUCAAGUACUCAGAGCGCGAGAUAUUGAAUAGAUAUAGAUGGGCUUAUGAGCAGCCUUGGGGUCGAUCACGCCUCAGGUAUGUGGAUGAUGGGAGGCCAUUUUGGCAGCAUAUAGUCAGCUCGUCUACGGGCUGCUCAGAUUCUCAAUACUUUGAGGAGUUGUAUAACUAUUAUACCACUGAGAAGGCAUGGCAGCUAUGUGAUCCAGAUGCUGAGAAAGUGUUCCAGUCUCUUAGAAAAGCAGGGGUAAAAGUAGCAGUUGUGUCCAACUUCGACACUAGGUUGAGACCAUUGUUGAAAGCACUGAAGUGCGAUCACUGGUUUGAUGCUGUUGCAGUGUCUGCUGAAGUCGAAGCAGAGAAGCCAAAUCCUAUGAUAUUUCUGAAAGCUUGUGAAUUCUUGGGAGUACAGCCCGAGGAUGCUGUACAUGUUGGUGAUGAUCGUAGAAAUGACAUAUGGGGCGCCCGAGAUGCUGGCUGCGAUGCCUGGCUCUGGGGAAGUGAUGUCAAAUCCUUCAAAGAGGUUGCCCAGAGAAUAGGGGUUGAGGUCUGAAAGCAGUCUGUUGCAUUACGAUGAAGACUAAUGCUGCAGUUGUUUGAAGAUUCCAUCCUCACUGUAUAUACAUCUUUUCUUGCCUAUUUCUUGUUUUAUGUAUGCGGGAGGUGAGACCGGCCAAUGUAGUGUUAGAAUAAAGAGCAGAAAUAAGCUAGCGUUUGGAUGUUCUAGUUAUUUGUUUCUAUACCAAUAUUAACUAGAACUGAGCCCCACUGAAUCGAUUUGGGACCGUUGACCACACCUCUAGGCCCAAUUGUAACCUGAACCAAAAAACUAUAUGGUCUUGUUCCGGUCUAAAAAAAAUGGAACCAUACGGCCUGUAAAACUCGACUGUUUCUGCAGAAAAUCAUCUGAUUUGCGAUGAUUUUUUUACUAAAAUCUUAAUUUUUAAA